AUGUUCUAUCAGCCUGGAGUGACAGAGCACAAUCUUCCCCGUGAUCCGUUUAAGGCUUGCGUGGUGCCUCGUCCGAUCGGAUGGAUCUCAACCCAGAACAAAGAGGGGCAAGCGAACUUGGCACCUUACUCCCAAUUCAACAAUCUCACAUUCGACCCGCCGUAUGUCAUGUUUUCUUCCAACCAAACCAUGAACGGCACACGUAAGGACACUGUGAUCAACGUGGAGCAGACUGGACGGUUCGUCUGGAAUCUAGCGACAUGGGAUCUUCGCGAGGCCGUGAACAUCUCGGCGGAGCAAGUGCCCUAUGGUGUAGAUGAAUUUGAGCGUGCGAAGGUCACUAAAGAGCCGGCAAGCCAGAUGAAUGUCCCCAUGGUGCAGGAAUCGCCGGUGAAAUUCGAGUGCGAAUAUCAUUCUACCGUGCGGCUACCGGGAAAUCCUCCAAUGGGGACUGUGGACAUGGUGAUUGGCCGAGUAAUCGCUGUACAUAUCAAAGAUGAGGUGUUGACAGAUGGAAUUCUGGAUAUCAAGAAGACUAAGCCGAUCGCGCGGUGUGGGUACUACCAGUACACGGUGGUGACGGAGACGUUUGACAUGGUGAUCCCCGGGAUGUCUGAGGAUGUUUUAUAUGGGCUGGAGGGGAAUGCGAAGCGCAAUCGUGAGGCCGAAUCACAGAAUACGUGA